AUGGCUGAAUCGAGAUCGCCUCCCGUGGCGAAGAAAGUGGAGCAUGUGAUGCAAAUGUUCGGUGACGUUAGGGUUGACAAUUACUACUGGCUCCGCGACGAUUCUCGUUGCAAUCCCGACAUGCUUUCUUACCUCCGUGAAGAAAACGAAUACACUGCUUCUGUCAUGUCUGAAUAUGUUCAGCACUGUAGGCGUUUGAUCACUGACAACAAAGCUGAGCCUUCUGUGUAUGAUACUAUGCCUACUGGUCCAGAUGCUCCUCCUGAGCAUAUUAUAUUGGAUGAGAAUGUCAAGGCCCAAGAGCAUGGCUACUACAGAAUUGGUUCCUUCAAGACCAGUCCUGAUCAUAAAUUGGUGGCGUAUGCAGAGGACACAAAAGGUGAUGAGAUAUAUACAGUGAAUGUCAUUGACUCUGAGGCUCUGAAACCAGUAGGUCAACCGCUAAAAGGAGUAACUUGUUACCUUCAAUGGGCUGGUAAUGAUGCUUUUGGUCUACGUAACUAUGGAUGA